CGUUCCCCUCCCGCCAUGUCGCCCCGAAUACCCUUGCGGUCCAUUGCCGGCUCCCCAAGUCCGUCCAUGCGGCUUCGAUUGACCCUCCCAACAUCACCGAUCUGUCUCUUCUGUUCUCUGGCUUCGAGGCCCCACGCCGUCUCCCGAAUCCCUUCACGCUCUCCCCAACCAUCCCACCGUCGCCGUUUCCAGUCCACUACCACUACCACUACCGCCGCCGCGGCCUCACCCACGCCACCAGAAACGAACCGUGAUCCCAGGCAAGAGCUUAUAGAGACACUCCAUGAGCUGCAGAAAGUUGCCCCGAGCCUCGUCAAUCUUUCCAGACUACAAUUGGCUCUCCAGGGCUUGCGGCAGACACCGGGCGAAGAGUCGAUCAGGGUCGCCAUCUUGGCACUUUCCAAUGGCUCCGACCCGGGGACAACGGCCAAAGAAGUGCUACGACUUCUUUUGGCAGACCCAUUGGCUUCAGAACAGGAAUGGGAAAAACAGUUGGCCGCUCAUGACCCACGACAACCCCUCGUGGUGAGGAUACGACGGGACCCCCAACACGACGACCAAGCCGGCGGGCUCACCAUCUCCAAGACAAACCUGCUCCACGACCUGGACGUGUCAAGUCCCGGGCUGAAUGAGCUGAAUCUCGAGCUCUUACUGACCGAGGUCGGCCAGAGUGGUGCCGUGGCCGCAUCGGACAUGGAAGAGGCCCUUCUUGUCCCGACCGUCGAUAUACCUUCGAAUACCGGACGGUAUACUCCCGUCACGACUCCGGUCCACAAGGCUCUGUUGGUGACGGAGGGCAUCAUGGGCGCGGCAGCCGUCGCACCUCUGCCUCUGUCCAUGCUCGAGAACCGCGGCGCCGUCCUGGCGGCUGUCGACUUGCCCGGCUACGCAACCACCCACAAGGGCGAUUCCGACACGACCUUCCAAGCCAUCGACGUGGCCGCGGCGAGGGAGAGCGUCCGCCUCAUUCGCGCAAACCUGGGCAACGCCAUGGACUACGAGAAGCUCUGGCGUCAAAGCAACCUACCGGUCCUAAAGUCGUGGCUCACAACCGGCGUCCAGGUGGAAGGAAACAAAGGAGGAGACAGAGACGCCAAGGCCACCAAACCCGCGCUGCUCGAACUCGUCGCUUCGCUGCUGGAAAACACCUCGGCCGCGGUGCAGAGGGAAGAAGACGCCCGGCUGGGAGAGCAGCUCGCCUCCGAGGUCGCCGCCUCCACCUCCGGGCGCGCCACGUUGUCCCGCGCCCUCGCCGCAUGGUCCCAGUCCGCCCACGAAGAAUUACAGCAGCAGCUCGACCUGGCCUUCUCGGGACGCCGGUGGCGCAAGCUGGGGUGGUGGAAGCUCUUCUGGCGCGUCGACGACGUGGGCGUGCUCACCGGCGAGAUGCUCGCCCAGCGCUUCCUGCCGGGUGCGGAGCGGGAACUCGUCUACCUCGCCGGUAGGAUACACGGUGCCGGGCCGGCUCGAGGGGCCCUCGUGUACGCACAGCCGAUCCCCGAGUCGGAAUCCGCGUCGUUGAGCGAGGGGAACGGAAACGAAAACGGAAACGGCCGCAGCAAGUGGCCCACUCACAUCUCCUUCACGCGCCGCUACCUCCACGCCGAGACGGUCCCCGCCCUGCAGGCGCUGGCGCAGAAACUCGUCCUCGAGGCGUCGAGCACGUCGUUCCUGACCUCGUCCCUGGCCGGCCUGCUGUACGUUUCCGCGUCGGUAUCGUCGCUCUACGAGGCUGGUGCCGUGGCGGCCCUGGGCAUCGUGUGGAGUCUGCGGCGGCUGCAGAAGAAGUGGGAGACGGCGCGGGGUUUCUGGGAGGGCGAGGUGCGCGAGGAGGGUCGCAAGGCGGUGCGGGGGGCUGAGGCGAGCGUGGCGGAGGCGCUGCAUCAUGCGACGGCUCGCGCGAGGCGGGAGGAGGAGGAGGAGGAAAGUGGGAGGGAGAGACGGUUGGCGAAGGAGCUUGUCGAUCGAGCUGCGGACGCGCUGGCGCGGAUGAAGUAGGGGGUUGACCAGGUAUUUAUCGCUUGAUGUAUUUAUACUCCUAGUAGCUCCCUCCGCCAGGACUUGUAUUCAAAAUGUGUACAGAUGGAAUGAAGGUCAUGGCGAUAUCUCAGCCUACUCUGGCUAAUCUUGUAUUGUUGCGAGAUGGGCGUACCCGAAAGAUGUAGGGCCUGCCCUGUUCAUAUCAUGCCACGUCUUAACAUGGCAGGAGAUCCGAUCCGUCUCGCUACCUGGAUGCGACUGUGGUGACCAUUGGGAAUUUCCCGCAUCUCUGGCUCGAUUUCCCGCCGGAACGCCUUCGACACCAAACCACAGCGGACCACGCGGGGCAGCAUGACAAAUAGGACCACCCAGGGAAAUGGGCGAACAACCACCCCGCGGCACGAGCCAGCGAUAUAGACACUCAGCCCCUCCCCCCCA